AUGGCCGGAAGAGGAAGAGGAAGAGGAAGAGGAAGCGGGAGGGGAAGGGCUAGUAGAAAAAAGGAGACAAAUUCAUCGAAUUCUGAUAAGAAGGUUAAGAGGUCACGGAGCAGCAAGGCCGGUCUUCGUUUUCCGGUCGGCAGAAUCGCCCGCUUCCUCAAGACCGGAAAGUACGCCGAUCGAAUAGGCGCCGGCGCUCCGGUAUACCUCGCCGCCGUCUUGGAGUACCUUGCCGCUGAGGUUUUAGAGCUGGCAGGAAACGCAGCAAAGGAUAAUAAGAAGACGAGGAUAGAUCCUACGCACAUCCAGCUUGCUGUGAGGAAUGAUACAGAGCUUUCCAAGCUGUUGGAAAAUGCCACAAUUCCUAAUAGUUGUGUGAUGCCCUUCAUUCACAAAUUCCUUAUUACUCAAUUUACCGAGGACUUUGAUGAUGAUAUGUAA